CCUCCCUCCAUCUCGAUUUCUCUUUGUUUUUCUUUCUCCCGAGUCUCAAUCCCUUCAUCAGACCGAGAAAGAUGUUCCUCAACAUGUCUAGCCUCCCUAGGGGAGUCCUGAAACCAUAUGCUGCCGAAUUCCUCGGAACAGCCCUUCUGAUUGUCCUUGGAGAUGGAGUGGUCGCACAAUGUCUCCUAUCGGAUUAUCAGUAUGGCACUUGGCUCUCUAUCAACAUGUCCUGGGCAGCGGCGGUCUGCAUCUCCGGCUAUCUUGCUGAUCCCAGUCCCACCAUCAACCCUGCCGUCACCAUAUGUGCGGCCCUCAUUCGUCCUACACCAGGACAGUGGAAAAAGCUGCCGGGUAAACUGUUCGCCCAGUUUCUGGGUGGCUUUGUUGGUGCGGCCCUUGUGUACAUCAACUACCGGUCGGCCAUUGAGUCCUGGGAUCCCGAGUAUACCAUUCCAGGUGGAUCGAUUUUGAGUCCUCAGGGACACCAUUCGGCAGGCAUCUUCUCGACUUAUCCUGCCUCCACUUUGGGGUCAAAUUGGGAGGCUGCUUUCAACGAGGUGCUUGGAUCGGCGGUGCUCAUGUUUGGAAGUCUUACCAUUUCAGACCCAUCAAAUGCUCCUCGGUUCUAUUCUCCCCAACUGUCCAGUUUCCUACUCCUGCUUGCGAUCGGUGCUUCUUUGGGCUGGCAGACCGGAUAUGCUAUCAACCCGGCAAGAGACUUCGGCCCGAGACUGUUCUCUGCCAUUAUCUAUGGUAGAGAAGUCUUCACUGCAGCCAACUAUUACUUUGUCGUCCCUCUGUUCGCUCCAAUUAUUGGCUGCAUCGUGGGAGCUGCAACCUACGACUCUCUCCUCUACGAGGGAGAGGGCUCUCAUAUUACGGAUGCUCUCGACAAGGUGGGAGAUCGGGAUGGAUCUCUCCGACUGGACUGAGUAAGCUAUAUGACCGGUGAACGUAGCGAUGAAGGAAUGGCGUGUCAUUUAAACGGGGUUUGGAUGAUUAUGAGAACAAGGUAUUGAUGGGUAAUCUCUCUCAUGAUGCGACAUGAUGUUUUGUAUGGAUGAUACUGCAUUGGAAUUUGUUUCAAUCUUUAUAAGUAUGCUGCUGCUGUUUAGAUGAAGCUAUAGAUUUAGAUCGUUGAACAUAUUUUAGUGUGUAUACACGCUUGUAUACGUG